AUGGCGAGAGGAUUGAAAGUUCUAUCAGCUCUGGACUCAGCAAAAACACAAUACUACCAUUUCAAAGCCAUCAUCAUAGCAGGGAUGGGACUUUUCUCAGACUCUUAUGAUCUCUUCUCCAUAACUCUCAUCACAAAGAUGCUCGGAAGAAUAUACUACUCCGACAAAUCCAAAGUCCGACAAGUCAACCCUGUAGUCGUCUCCGCCCUCAUCUCCGUCGCGCUACUAGGAACCGCGAUAGGCCAGCUCGUAUUCGGGCGGCUCGGAGACCUAAAAGGCCGGCGCCACGUCUACGGGAUGGCCUUAAUGUUGAUGAUAAUAAGCUCCUUAGCUUCUGGCUUCUCCAUUUGUACAACAAAGAGAGCAUGUGUUUUGCUCUCUCUUGGUUUCUUUAGAUUCUUCUUGGGACUCGGGAUUGGUGGCUUUGGUAUAUUGGCUAGUGCAACGGUUACUAUGGUGGUUUGUUCGAUAUUUCGCCAUGGUUCGAGGCCGGAGUUGCCUUCCGAUGUGCCGCCGGAGGCGGAUGUUGCAUGGAGGUUGAUAUUAAUGAUUGGUUCUAUUCCGGCGGCCUUGACUUAUUACUGGCGUAUGAUGAUGCCAGAAACUGCCAGAUAUACAGCAUUAGUGGAACAAAAUGUGUUGCAAGCUGCAAAGGACAUGGAGAAAGUUCUAGAUGUAUCAAUGAGCCAAAUAGCCGAAGAAGAUUCAUCACCACCAAGCACAAAUCCCGCAUCAUACCCUCUUCUUUCAAGAGAAUUCUUGCAUCGACACGGCCGCGAUCUUUUUGCCUGUUCUGCUAACUGGUUUCUCUUGGACAUAGUGUUCUACAGUCAAGUUCUUUUCCAAGGUGAAAUAUACAAGCGAUACCUUAAGCCGAGUGACAAACACGAUGUGUAUCAAGAAGCAUUCUAUCUUGCAAGAAUACAAGCCAUUCUCGCUGUUUGUUCCACAAUCCCGGGUUACUUCUUCACCGUCUACUUCAUCGAUCGCGUAGGACGAGUCAAGAUUCAAAUGAUGGGUUUUUUCUUCAUGGCAGUGUCGUUUUUCGCCAUAGGGUUUCCAUAUUACUCUCAUUGGACAAGUCCUGAUAACCAUAAGAAUAAAGGGUUCAUGGUUCUCUAUGGACUUGCUUUCUUCUUUGCGAAUUUCGGACCUAAUACUACGACUUUUAUUGUCCCGGCCGAACUCUUUCCGGCUAGGUUUCGGUCGACGUGUCAUGGAAUUUCGGGAGCUGUUGGUAAGGUUGGUGCAAUCAUUGGAUCUGUUGGGUUUUUAUGGGCUUCACAUAAUAAGAGGGAGGAAGGAUAUCCGGAGGGAAUUGGAAUGAAAGAUUCACUUAUCAUACUUGGAGGGGUGUGUAUAGUUGGAAUGUUUGUUACUUACUUCUUCACCAAGGAAACUAUGGGAAGGUCUUUGGAAGAGAAUGAAGUUGAACAGUCUCAUCAUGGUGAAGAAUAUAAUGAUCUUUGA